UCAGCCCUCUGACUCAUGGGCUGGGACCUUUGCGCUUUCAUAAUGCAUCACAAAGAUACGAAAUGAAGACACUUUCAUCCUCUCUGCAUCAGGGGGAGAAUUAUAGCCUGAGCACUGAGCAGUCCUGUUAUUGAUUUAAACCAUAGCCUCAGUCUCUCUGUUGGAGUGGCUGCUGAUGUCCUUCUGGGUCGUUGCAUUUAAUCGGAUUCCCUGAGCUGCCAGGCACAGGGGGAGAGUUAGAAUAAAAUCCGUUUAUGAUGUUCACUUCAAAAUCCAACUCUGUCUCCCCUUCUCCGUCCAUGGAACAGGCAGACUCGGAUAUCUUGGAUAUCAGCACCAAAGUGCAGCUGUAUGGCGUGCUCUGGAAGAGACCCUUUGGGAGACAAUCUGCCAAAUGGUCUAGGAGGUUCUUCAUCAUCAAGGAGAGUUUUCUGCUUUACUAUUCUGAGAGUGAAAAGAAGAGCUUUGAAAGCAAUAAGUACUUCAAUAUCCAUCCCAAGGGCGUCAUACCUCUGGCAGGCUGCAUCGUGGAAGCCAAAGAAGAACCCAAUAUGCCUUUUGCCAUGAAGAUCUCCCAUGAGGACUUUCAUGGUAACAUUGUGCUGGCAGCGGAGUCAGAAUUUGAGCAGGCUCAGUGGCUGGAGAUGCUGCAGGAAUCUGGAAAAGUGACCUGGAAGAAUGCUCAACUGGGAGAAGCCAUGAUUGAGAGCCUGGAAGCUCAAGGGCUCCAGCUGGCCAAGGAGAAGCAGGAGUAUUUAGAUAAGCUGAUGGAAGAGACAGAGGAGCUGUGUCUGCAGAGGGAGCAAAAAGAGGAGCUGGAGCGUCUUAACCAGGUACUAGAGGCAGAGAAGCAGCAGUUUGAAGAGGUGGUACAGGAGCUGCGGCUGGAGCAACAGCAAUUUAAACGGGAGCUGGAACUGACAGCUCAGUCCCUCAGAGGAGUGGAGGAGGAGAAGAAGGAACUGCGAAGCUUGACAGAGACCUUACAGAAAACACUGGAGGAGCUCUCCCGGGAAAAGCAGAGAACCCUGGAGAUGCUGGAGGAGAAUGAGAGCCAACUUCAGCCCCUGGCCAAUGCUAGCAAGCAGCCAAACUCCACCGGGGGUCUCCAUAGCAACCUGCGCCAGAUUGAGGAGAAGAUGCACCAGCUGCUGGAGGAGAAAGUCUUGGCGGAGAGAAGGAUGAAGGAGAAUGAGGAGCGGUCCCGAGCCUUGGAGGAGGAGAGGGAGUUUUACUCGUCUCAGUCACAGGUGCUGCAGAACUCGCUUUCAGAACUGACUGCAGAGAAACAGCAGACGGAGCGAGACCUCAAGGCUGAGAUGAAGGUGCGUAUGGAUCUAGAGAAGAGACUGAGGGAGGCUGAGGAAGCCCUACAUAGCUUGGAGCAAGGCUUAAAUUCUCUGGAUCGCAACAAAGAGAAGGAGGAGAAAAUGAAAACAGAUGUCAGCAAUUUGAAAAAGUUCUUUGAGGAGUGCAUCCGGAAUGCCGAGCUGGAAGCCAAGAUGCCCAUGAUCAUGAAGAACUCCGUGUACCUCCACAAGGCUGCCACCCGCCGGAUAAAGAGCUGCCGGCUCCACCGCAGGAGGUCCAGUGCUUCAUGGAAUGACUUGAAACAGUCCCAGUCGUUCAUCUUCUCCCAGACAGAAGUCGAUAACAUUGAGGAGCUGAAGGAGGCAGCCAAGAGGCUGAGCCGGGACCAGCACUUCCGAGAAACCCUCUAUCAAAUCAUGAUGUCUCAAAAAAAUUCUGCCUCAGGGGAUGAAAAGUGAAUCCUCGUCUCCUCCCAUCAGGAGGGGGCUUCUGAUCUCAGCUCAUUGUUCACCUCAUCAGAAGUUCAACCACUGGGGCCAGGGGGAGGAUUUGCUCCUUUGUGGGGAAAGAGGUAGGAUGGAUGCAUGCAAUACCCUCCAGGGUUGUGGCUUUUAGUGUGCGUUCCUGAGCAGUGCCAAUCUCUUUUUUCCUAGACUACAGGGAAGCUCUGACAUUCCCCCCAAAUCACCUCCCUUUACUUCAGCCGUUUCCAUUAGGACAUGUUCUGUCAGAAUCCCACAAUCAGUGUUCAAAUGAAUCACACACAUUAGCUUAGGGAGUGUCAGGUCAUUUCUUCUCAGUCUAGUCCCGCAGCCAAAUGUAGUUGCUGCUGAUAAACCCCUUUCUUAGCCUAAUGUCCAGCUAGUGAAACUAGCAGAUGAGGC